AUGGAUGAGCACGGGAUGCUCUCGGAAUUCCCGGCGUGUUUCUCGCUCGAGAAUCGCCACCUCAAGGACCAGGAGAAGGCGAACGAAGCGAAGCGCCCCCAUUCCUGGAUACAUACUGCCACGGUGGUGGCGGACAGUAGCAACUCCUACGAGGAGCUCCAGACGCAGCGGGUGAUGGCCAACGUCCGGGAGCGACAGCGCACGCAGUCGCUGAACGAAGCCUUCGCGGCCCUGCGCAAGAUCAUCCCGACCCUGCCGUCGGACAAGCUGAGCAAGAUCCAGACGCUCAAGCUGGCGGCCCGCUACAUCGACUUCCUCUACCAAGUUCUGCAGAGCGACGAGCUGGACUCCAAGAUGGCCAGCUGCAGCUAUGUGGCCCACGAGCGCCUCAGCUACGCCUUCUCCGUCUGGCGCAUGGAAGGCGCCUGGUCCAUGUCAGCCUCCCACUAGCCUCCCGCUCCGCCGCCUGGCCCAGCCGGAGACCUAGAUGACAUUGUUCCCAGAGAAGGAAAGAAAAUGGACAAUCUAGAGACUCUGCACUUCGAUUCGCCCCCCUCUUUCUUUUCCCCCACUAAGACAAUAUAACGCCAAGGAUUUUCUUGGAAAUUUGGAAGCGUACUUGGCCAAGCUUGCAAAGAGCAGGGUGUGGGGAGAGCGUUUGAGGCGAGAGACCGAGGACGCCUCGGACGGCGAGGCGGCUGAUCCAGAGAGAAGGCUGAGCUGCCUAACAGACGUCUCUGCAUUCUGAUAGAAAUCUGAACCGGUUUGUUUUUAUUUUUCUAUUUUGACGAAGAAUGUUGGAAUUUUAACUUUCUCCCUCCCCCUUACUUUUUUUUCUUGCAUGCAUGCAUUCCCAAGAGACCUUAUGAGCCACUCGUGAAAGGAAAUACCUUACUGUGGACUUCCCUCUUCUUUUUUUUUCUUUUUGACCAGAUUCAGUAACCAUGAAAUCCGAAAUACACCGUUCAGAACGAGUGAGAAAGGAAAAACUAUUUUUAAAAAAGUGUGUAGGGUAGUAAUAACGUUAUCGACUGAAACUCUUAUACCCAAACCUAACCGGUUCUUUUUUCAUUCUAGGUUUGUUUUGUUUUAAUUCUUCCUGAAAAAAACAAAAGGGGAGGGGAGGGCAAAAAUGACACUAUUUAUUUAUUGAUGACCCAUGUUAAAAUGCAAAUAGAUCCGGUGUCUAAAUGCAUUCCUAUUUUUAUGAUUGUUUUGUAAAUAUCAUUGUAUUUUUUUU